AUGACUCCACCCGAAACGAAUCCCGAAGAUUCAAGCUCCCGUCACCCGCCUCCUGCAUCCCAGAAUGUUCGCUCAGGAUCCCACAUACCCUCCCAUAUUACGAGUGUUGUAUCUGAAGAUGACCACCGGACUCAGCAUUCAGCGUCAUGGUCACAGCCGACGCAAGCGCAGUCGCUUCGGGGGCCUCCACCGAUGAGGAACCCAAUGCUGAAUACACGGCCGCCCAGCGCGCAGAGCAAGAUGAGCAGGACACACGUCUCCUCUCUUACCUCCCAGGCCUUUUUCCGACCCAUGAGCUCUCAGAGACUACAGGCGCAGCGUGGUGGAAGACCUACAACAACGACAAACAGUACUACUGGGUAUGAAGAUAAUCAGAGUGAUGUGGCCAGCCAGACGCGCAGGAGUAUGGUAUCAAAUACGACAGCACAUCUAGACAAUGAACUCCGGCCACCAUCAAGAGGGACGGAGUUUACGGAUCCGAUACUGCCUGAUAGGUUGACGGCUAAUACCAGUCCUUCUGGACAUACGACAAUCCGCAGUCUGGGCGACAAUGUCAGGCUGCUACAGGAUAGAUCGCAAAGAUCAUCUACCCCUAUACAGGUGAAUCUGGGGGAGAACUAUACCAACCCAACCGCGUCACAUGAGCCGCCUUCCAAGCCGCCUAUCUCGUUCCCAUCUGGGCUUCUAGGCGGGAAUGCUUCUGAAGCUACGAUACGUCGUGGUGACCAGAGGAGUCACACAAGACUCGCCUCCAAUGCAACGUCUGUCCCCGAGCCUGAGCCCGAAAAGGUUGAGGCACAACAGGCCGUAGAAAAGGGGAAGAAUUAUCAAUACUUUACGGGCAACACUACAUUCUUUGGUGGCGGCAGGUUCCAGAAUGCCCGUGAUAGGCCAAUUAACGUUGUUACUGGAUUCUUAAUUGUUCUUCCUACGGUUCUCUUUUUUGCUUCCUCGGCACCUUGGUUGUGGAAUAAUAUGUCACAAGCAAUACCUAUCGUGUUUGGGUAUAUUUUCUACCUUUGCUUUUCGUCUUUCCUUCAUGCAUCCUUAGUUGAUCCUGGAAUUCUUCCUCGAAAUCUUCACAUCAUACCUCCACCUGACCCUGAUGCUGACCCUCUAGCCCUUGGACCUCCCACCAGCGACUGGGUUAUGAUAAAGCUAGCAACCUCUGAAGUUGCAGCAAUGGAUGUGCCAGUAAAGUAUUGCAAGACCUGUAGCAUCUGGCGCCCACCGCGUUGUUAUCACUGCAGAGUAUGCAACAACUGUGUUGAAACACUGGACCAUCAUUGCGUCUGGCUCAACAAUUGUGUUGGGCGUCGAAAUUAUCGGUACUUCUUCAGCUUCGUUGCUACAUGCACAUUACUCGCCAUCUUCCUUUUCUGUGCAAGUCUCGCCCAUAUUAUUAGCUAUAUGAGGAUGGAAGGCGUAACUUUUGGCGACGCUAUCAACAAGUGGCGUCUCCCCUUUGCCAUGGUCAUAUAUGGCGGGCUUGCAGCCACAUACCCUGCCGCUCUGGCGGUCUACCAUAUCUUCCUGAUGGGCCGAAGCGAGACAACACGAGAAUACCUGAACUCGCGAAAGUUUAAGAAGGAAGAUAGACACCGCCCCUUCACCCAAGGAGGCGUCUUCAAAAACCUGGGCGCCGUCCUUGGAAAGCCUCGGACUCCGAGCUACCUCCAGUUUAAAUACCCCCAUGCCGAAGGCGAUCAACGCUUUGCUACUCAUCCAGUGAACAAGCGGCGAAACGACGUCGAGGCACAAAACGGCGGCCUUGAGAUGCAGCAGGUCGGCAACGGACACCCGGCCAGCGCCAGCGGCACCGUUACUAUCAUCAGCUCGAAUGGCCAUGCGCCCAAUUGA